GCACUGUCACGCCCUCUUAGCUCCGUUUUCGGAAACCAGAAUUGUCUUGUGGUGCGGUGCUGGAGGUGAAGUUAUUGCCAAGAAUUCUUUGAAUUCUACCUAACUAGUUUCAAUCUGUGAAUUAAUUUAAUAUAAGAAUGUCUCCCCCAUACUACUCAGAUCUCGGCAAGAAGGCCAAUGAUGUCUUCGGCAAGGGAUACCACUUUGGUGUGUUCAAACUUGACCUUAAGACCAAGAGCGAGGCAGGAGUUGAAUUCAGCAGUGGCAUCACCUCCAACCAGGAAAGCGGAAAGGUUUUCGGUAGCCUUUCCUCCAAAUAUGCCGUAAAGGACUACGGCCUAACAUUCACAGAGAAAUGGAACACAGACAACACACUUGCCACCGAUAUCACUAUUCAAGACAAGAUCGCUCAGGGUCUUAAGAUCACCCUUGAGGGAACAUUCGCCCCACAAACCGGAAGCAAAACCGGCAAGCUGAAGUCUUCCUUCGCGAACGACACAGUAGCGCUCAACACCAACGUGGACCUGGACCUAGCCGGUCCCAUCGUGGACGUGGCCGCGGUCCUCAAGUACCAGGGCUGGCUCGCGGGCGCCAACACACAGUUCGACACGCAGAAGGCCAAGUUCUCCAAGAACAACUUUGCCUUCGGCUACCAGUCCAACGACUUUGCUCUGCACACUAACGUCGACAACGGCAAAGACUUCGGCGGCUCCAUCUACCAGAAGGUGUCAGACAAGCUGGACUGCGGUGUCAGCAUGAAGUGGCAAGCCGGUUCCUCGGACACACUGUUCGGUGUUGGAGCCAAGUUCGCGCUUGACCAAGAUGCUUCCCUCCACGCUAAGAUCAACAACAAGUCACUCAUCGGUCUUGGAUACCAACAGAAGUUGCGCCCAGGUAUGUGGACAAUAGCACUUGGUGUAUUUAAAUCUUGUUUUACAAUAGGUUUAAGACUAAUUUUGUGUCAGGAGAAUCUGCACUUCCAUAAAAGUAAUGUAGAAAUACUCCUUAAAACUAACACUAAAUUGAUUGUGUUAUUUUAAAGAUCUAUGUAUACAGACACAAAGUCGGCAGAAAGCGACUUUGUUUUAUAAUAUGUGGUGAUUUUUAAAACAAUCUAAAAUUAACAGUAGAUACGUGAUGUAUCGACAAUCAUACUAAUAUGAUUUUCUACUUAUAAGAAUCAGAAAUCAUCCAGGUUAAGCCCAUGGUCAUGUGAGGAUUAUAACUAAGUGAUUCUUUAUAUGACUUCCAUAUACAUUGUGAUUAGGCGGUUUAGUAAAACUAGUAGAUACUAGUUAUAGCUUCCUAUUUAAACCACACCUCGGUACACAAUUUACGAAUAGUAUGAACUGAAACAUGACACUGAUUGUCUUUAUUGGAUAUGUAAUAGAGACUGUGUAGUUAUUGUUAAAAAAAAAGAACGUGUGUGCCAAAUUCAAAGAUCGAUCGUCGCCUUACUCCAUAACAUGAUGGUAUUGCCAUUACGCGACCUUGAAAUUUUACUCUCAACGCGCCAAGUUUCACUUAAAAACCUUUUAUAUAUUUAAGCAGGCUUUUAUGUAUUAAGACAUAUUAAAUCUUAACAUUUACGAAAAAUUAAAAAUGUAAAUACGUAAAACAAUUUAAUUAUUCAUAUGUAAAUAAAAUUUUACGUGAUUUAACAUUCGAGAUAUCGCGUGAUAUUUCAUACAUCAUCUUUUUAUCUAUGUUAUAUAAUACUUGACAUAAGGCACUUGAAAAUAAUGGAUGGGAAUGGGAAGUUGAAAAUGGUGAUAAAAAUAGGCCUAAAAAAUCUUACGUUUCUAAAACCUUAAAAUAAACACCUUUUUUUUU